AUGAGGAGCUACUAUGUUUAUCCUGCUGACUAUGGCAAGACACCGCCAAAAGGCUGGACAGUCGACAAAGAGGAGAUGGGCUACGACAUCUACUGGGCUAAGGAAAGUGGCGCUGGUCAAAGAAUGGCUAGAAGGCACGGCCUGGAAUGGGCGAAACCGAUCAUGCGUUGUGAUACGGAUUCUGGCGACUGCCUACACAUGUUUCAGUCUGGCGGCAAGUGCUACAUCUGGAACCCCAUCGAAGGCAAUAUUUGGGAGAUUAUGGUAUCGAUGGAUGUGGUGGAAAUUGUGACGCAGAUGGACAAGUUGGGACUCAAAUCGCUACCGGUUAAGAAGAUAGAUCAAAUAUCUUCCUGCUGA